AUGUUUCAGGACUCCAAAGUCUCUCAUCUCCGCUGCGCCCUCGUUACGGCGCUCUUCUUCGCCACCGUUUCUCUUUCUUGCUUAAUUCUUCUCAGAGACGUUGAUUCCUACCGAUUCUUCUCUGGAUUCCCUUCCUCUUAUCAUCUCGCUCGUUUUUCUACCUUUUUUCCGUUGGUGUCGAAUGAUCUCGCUGUGACUAGCAAUGAAUAUCCGCUUGAAAAAAUCUUGAAUGACGCUGCCAUGGAAGACAAAACUGUUAUCUUGACCACGUUAAAUGAAGCAUGGGCAACUCCAAAUUCUGUCAUUGAUCUUUUUCUUCAGAGCUUCAGAAUAGGAGAUCGUACUCGUAGGCUUUUGAACCAUUUGGUAAUUGUUGCAUUGGAUCAAAAGGCAUUUGCACGCUGUCAGGUUAUACAUACCCAUUGCUUUUCUCUUGCUAGUAAAGAAGCUGAUUUUCAUGAAGAAGCAUACUUUAUGACUCCUAGCUACUUGAUGAUGAUGUGGAGAAGGAUUGAUUUCUUGCGUUCUGUUCUUGAGAUGGGAUACAAUUUUGUGUUCACGGAUGCUGAUAUUAUGUGGUUUAGGGACCCAUUUCCGCAGUUUUAUCUUGAUGCAGAUUUCCAGAUAGCGUGUGAUCAUUUCACAGGUAGCUCUGAUGAUGUACAGAACAGACCCAAUGGAGGAUUCAACUUUGUAAAGUCCAAUAAUAGAUCAAUAGAGUUUUACAAAUUCUGGUACUCUUCUCGAGAAACUUAUCCCGGAUACCAUGAUCAAGAUGUCCUUAACUUCAUCAAGGUUCACCCUUUCAUUGCUGAUAUUGGACUGAAGAUGAGAUUUCUGGAUACAACUAAUUUUGGUGGGCUUUGUGAACCUAGUAAGGAUCUAAACCAGGUUUGUACGAUGCAUGCAAAUUGUUGCUUUGGUAUGGAUAGCAAGCUUCACGACCUUCGGAUUAUGCUUCAGGAUUGGAAACAUUAUUUAUCAUUACCUCCAAGUUUGAAGAAACUGUCAGUUGUUUCCUGGAGGGUUCCUCAAAAAUGCAGCCUUGAUGCUCUCAGGAACGAUGGUUCACCAGAGGAAAAUGAUUAA